AUGCUCACAAGUCACAAGUUGACUUCCUGUACCAAGCAAAUAGAAACCGCAAAAGCACUCCACGGCGGUCAUUGCUUGGUGUUGGUUGAUACCCCUGGCUUUGACGACACUCACGAAUCUGACGUCGUCAUUCUGAAGAGAAUCGCCGACUGGCUGAAAAAUGCCUACAAUUCUAAAGCGUGCAUAGGGGGUAUCAUUUACCUUCAUGACAUAUCCAAUAACCGGUUUUCGGGAUCCGCACGUCAAAACCUCCAAGUUUUCAAUAGCAUGUGCGGAGAAGCAGCUUUCAGAAAGGUAGUCUUCGGCACGACUCAUUGGGACGACAUCGAUAAAUCUAUUGCAAAGAUCCACUUGAAGGGGAGGUCCAUGCUAUCCAGUGGAGCGAGCGUUUGCAAUCUGGAACUCACUCCUGCUUCUGCGUUUGGGGUGAUAGAGACCAUAAUACAGAAGCAGGCAGCAUUCAGUGCUGAACAUGGAUUUGGGCAGAGUUUUACAUGCCCGGAUGCCGGUAUGACCAUUCAGAAGGAGAUGGCUGUCCAGAAGAAAUCGGUGCAGGAGACAAAGGCUGCAAAAUCAUUACGAACGACAUUGAAGGAGAUAGUUUUGCUGCAAAAGCAGAUGCUGGCCAUUGAGGAAAUGGAAGCUUUGGGUGAGGUGGACGGAUACGACGCAAAAAGGCGGCAUUUGGAACGACUAGCAGAUCAGGUUCAGGCCUUGAGGGUAUCCCUGCCCAAACGAUUGCGCAGUUUAUUGCCGUUUUAA